AUGACAAAAAAACCAUUAAAAGGUAGCAAGAAAACUCCUGAACCUGAAAACUCAGAUGAAACCGAACUCGAUAGUGAUAUAUUCGAUAUCCCUUGCGCGUUUGACACGGAGAAAUACUUUACAAUUCCAGAUCCAGAUAAUAUAAUACGAACAAAUAUGGUAUAUGCUGAUCAGAAUGAAGAAAUAAGAAUGAAAAAUGCUUUCUUGGUUUUAUAUGCUACUUUAUUAAACAAAUUAAGGAAAAAUAACAAAGAGGAUGAUAGAUCUCGUCAAGCUGUUGGAAAUUUGAUUGCUACAGCUUUUAUUCAAGGUGUAUUUGAUGAAAACGAAAUUUUAAAAAGAUUUGACAAAACUUUUACACUUGAUCCUUCUCAAUAA